AUGGUUUUAAAUUCAACUGGUUGUCUCUUUCCGGAUUUGAAUCCCCAAGUUUUAAAAGUGGGUCAGUGCACGCCAGAAACAUGUGCCACUCAUGCUCUCUAUUCAAUCGUCUCUGCUCGAUGCCCGUCAGGUGAUAGAAACGCUUCAUCGUCCGAUUCUCUGUCCCCCUUCCCUUCGUCCACAAUAGUUCGAACACGAUGUAUGGUAAACCGAACCACGGAGGUCUUUUAUUGGCUUCCUCCCGUCCAGGAUUGUUUUUCCGCUAGAAGCGGAAAUACACCUUAUUUUUACGGCUCAAUAUACACUCUCCGCCAACUGCAGCAGGCCUUUUUGGCGGGAAAGGCGGCGGCAGUGGCUGUGCGAGAGAAGCCCUUGGUCUCUCUCUCCGUGGGCAUGUCAGCACUCUCAGUGGCGCUGGUGCUCAUCAUGCUCCUCGGCGUGUGUCACCGAAACGCCUCUGAUGCCUCUGUAUCCGGCUCUGGUAGCGGUGGCACCACCAUACAUCGACAACGACAGGCGGCGGCGCGACGUCGCGCUCGAGUCAGAAGUCGCCGGGAAAACGGAAAUCACGCCUCUAUUGGCACUCAGGCCGAUGCCGAACUCUCGGAUCGGCUCUUUAUCCUUCCUCGUUCUGAUCCCACUGUGCGCAACCCAACAGGCGGCGUGAACGCAGGUUUCUACGACUCGGAGGCACUAUUGGCACAUCCUCAUGAGUUGGCUGGUCAGACACCGGCUACGGCGACCUUCGCGGCAUUGUCGCAAGAGGUGGAGGCGGAUGAGGGUAGUGCUUCCACCACAGUCUUCACAGGCAGCGAAAAUUCUCGACUCUCCUGUUUGGCUGUACCUCACAUCCAUGUACCAACGGAGUACCAGCCGUCUACUCAUCCACCAAGAAUAUUUAAGGGAGUGCCUAUUCUCCCCACUUACGAGGACGCUACUAAGCGGGGUAUGUACUGCAUAAUCAGGGAUUCAGACAUUACCGCACCACCAGCCUAUCAACAUCGAAUCCUCGAAUCUGUGGACGUCGAUGGUGAGGCAUCUGUAGACAGUUCCACCGCGGCUGGCGCCGCAAGUUCAGUCGAUAACACCGACGUCUUUCUCCCCAUCUCUUCAUGGGAUCUUUAUGCCUAUGGAGUUCAUCGAGGCUCAAUCAACAGUAUGCCUGAAUUUUCGCGUAUUUACGCACCUCCCGAGUCACCUUACCCCGGUGAUGUAAGCUAUUUAUUAAUUUAUUCUGAUUGGUAUCUAUUUGGAAAAGACAUCGGCAACUGA